GUUAUUGUCUGUUUGUUAAUGCUGUUGAUAUAUUUUUUCGCCUCUGAGUGUGAGUUGUUUCUCGCUCACAAAAAAAAAAAAAAAAAUUUGUGUUUUUGAGACACACAGCGAUUCUUCUUUUUUCCUCUACGCUGUCUAGUUCGCUGUUAUAUCUUAUUAUUAAUUUUCGUUGUAAAGAGCGAAAUCGACAGAAGACGAAGGGAAUGAAAAAUAUCGGCUCUUUGAUUUUGAAGACGACGGGAAAAAAGACAGAGAAUAAUAAUAAGUGAAGAGAAAAAAAACAAAACACUCAAAUGAUUGAUUAGUAGUGUUUCUGUCAUCGAUGUAGUCUUUGUCGAGUGUGCGAUAUCAUUUGCAAGAAGAAAAGAAUAUCAGACAGAAAAACGAAGCGAGCAAAUACAGAAGAAAAAAUGAAAUAAGAAGAAGAAGAAGAAGUAGUAGAGAAUCAGUUUGAAAAUAUUGGUGCAAAGAAAUUUAUUUUAUUUUGAAAAGUGACACACAGUGUGAUACUGAGAUACCGAACGCAUUUUUUUUCCUCUCCCUUGUUCUGGCUUCAAUAUAUUAAAAAUAAAUGCUUCGAUCGAACCGAGCGCAGGAAUUAAAACAAAUAUCAUAAUAAUAACCAUAUAUACACACAACAAAAGAGUGGGCAGCGGUAACAAUUCCUUGAAUCAAAGUCACCGCAACAACAGAAGAAGAAGAAGCAAAAAAAAAACAAACGAACUGCUUGCUUGUUGGGGAGACAAAACGUUCAAAAAGUAAAUAAUGAAAUACGCAUGAGUUUUUAACAGUGCACCGCAGAAUAGAACCGAGAAAAAAAAGCGCAAAGAUGAAAAGCAAAAACGAACAAUGCUAAUCGACGAAGUGAAACAUCAAAAAUAGCAGAUGUUACAUGUUUAUCAGUCAUUUUUUUCCACGGAGCCUAAAUGAAUUUGCAGUCUAGCGUGCGUUUUCAAUAUAAACACUGUGCUAUUUAGUUCAGACGCUUGUUCAGUCACUGUUCUUUGCUACGUGAUCAGUGCAGUGUGGUGGUUUCAAUUAAGGGAGACACAACAAAAAAAAAAACAACAACGCCAGAAUUGUUGAAGAGAAGUGUUUAGAAAGAGAAAUAAAACGGCACCGAGUCCAUUCAACCAACCACCGAAAUUUAUAUCGAUAGACGAAGAGAGAUAGUCUGGACUCAAUGGUGAUAACAAUCAUUUAAGACGACUGAUUGAGAAGACGACGACGACGACAAAGACGACGACGGUGACAACGAAAUCGACCACUUCGACAACAAUAUCGAUAACAACAGCGAAUGAUUAGUCCAAAGCAAUCGAGACGUGAGGUGCCCACGAAUUAAAUUGAGCGACCAAAUGAACGAAGAAAAAAAAACAUCAUGUUUGGGUUCAUGUUUAAAUUUCAGCGUUUCAUAAAUGGUUCACUCUUAUCGAUAAGUGAGUGAGAGUGAAGCGGGUAGACGUGCAAUUAUAAAAACAUACAUAUUCUCGGUGAAAUGGGACAAGAAAAGCUUCGGCAAUAAUAAUACACCGUUGCGACCAAAAUUCAAGUGAUCAACCACAUUCUUUUGUUAUACUCUGUUUAGUAUUAUCCGCAUGAAGCUCCGAAUAAUCGACUGAACGCUCCGACCGACCGCCAAGCCGAACAUUUGUUUUACAUUUCGCAAAUCAAAGAAGCAAUUUAUUGAUGUCGUUUGCGUAUACAUAUGGGUGCUGCAAUCCAAUAUAAACCGAUUAUUUAAAUGGAUUGUUUUUUUCUCGUUUAAAAACACAUCUAGUAGAGAGAGAGAGAGAGAGAGAGAGAGAGAGAAAAAGAGAAAUAGAAAUAGAUAGGAGUCUAGUAGAACAAAGAACUACUGAAUUGACAAGUGCAUUUUAUGUUUAAAGCUUAUCAUUUUGUAUCAAUUCAUCAAAUUUAACCACCAUUUUCGUACAAAAGCUGUCAGAUUCGUAUCACACACGAAGAAGAACUUUCUGAAUGAAUAUAAAACGUUCAAGUGCAUUAAAUGUCAACCGUGAAAGUAGUAAACUUCAAAUACGAAACUCAAUUUGGGUUUUUUUUUCUCGUAAUUUUCAGCAGUUGAAAUACCGUUUUUUUUCUACUGCUGCUGCUACGAUAGUGCAUAAACACGAAAAAUUCUUUAAUUGAAAUGGACGCAUAAAUUAACGCAAAUCGCACGAAAAUUUUGCUUUUUGAAAGAAAGAAAUAAAUAAAAAAGAAAUCGGUGUGCGUCAGCGAUGGACAGAGAUAAAAUCGAGAACGGAAUAUAGCAUGCAAGUGUAAAGCACUGUUUUUUUUCUCUGUUCGUUUCGUUAUUCGUAUAUUUAAUAUAAUUAAUAUUGUUGUUCACGUCGUUGGCCGUAUGCAAGCUGGGCUGGCUGCUAUUGCUACUACUUUUGUUAUAAUAAACAACAUUCACCAGAUCAUCAGAGACAGGCACAAUAACUGUGUGUCUGUGUGUGCAUUCCAAAAUACACAGUAUCGGCGGCGGCGGCGGGUUCUGCUUUUUCUGCUGUUAGAACAUCAGCCCCCUUCAAUUUUUAUCAUAAAUUUGUCAACAGUUUGUGAUUGUACGGAAUCAGGCAAAGAGAGGAAUUCGGUUUCGGUGCGUUCUAUUUCUUUAUUUCGGAAUAAACACACCGACAGACCCAUCGGACAUGUUAAUCGCUUUCAGACUGUGUCCGACUGCAAUGCACGACGUCAACAAUAACAAACACGAUUAUUGAAUAAAAACAGCGAAAACAAAAAGGAUCUCGUGGGUAAACACAAACGACACAUAACGACAGAAAGAGAGGAAAACUGCGACACCGAAUUAAAGCGAAAUAAAGCGAAAACGACGACGACGACAGACAACAACAACAAUUUGUUGGAUACAUCGCGGUGAAAGCACAAAUCCAAGGGCAGACAACGGAAUAUCAUCAUUCAAAAGAUAGAUAGCAACAAGAAACCAUGACGAACUCGGGACGAAAUCGAUUCGAACACUCAUUUUUCGAAUCGGAUGACACAGAAAUUACGAAAAAUCUACCACGAGAAAUACUUUUGCGGAUUUUUUCAUUUUUGGAUGUGGUUUCAUUAUGCAGAUGCGCACAGGUUAGCAAAUACUGGAAUAUUCUAGCAUUAGACGGAUCAAAUUGGCAGAAAAUCGAUUUGUUUGAUUUCCAACGAGAUAUUGAGGGUCCUGUCAUAGAAAACAUUUCACAGAGAUGCGGUGGCUUUCUGAAGUAUUUGUCUCUGCGAGGAUGUCAAUCAGUUGGCGAUCAAUCAAUCAGAACACUUGCUCAACACUGCCAUAAUAUCGAACGACUAGACCUAUCUGACUGUAAAAAAAUUACCGAUCAAGCAAUUUACGCGAUCAGUAAGCAUUGUUCAAAGUUAACGGCAAUCAAUUUGGAAUCAUGUGUGAAUAUCACGGAUAAAAGCCUAAAAAAUGUCGCCGAUGGAUGUCCGAAUUUAUUGGAAAUAAACAUUUCGUGGUGUGAUUCAAUAACUGAGAAUGGUGUGGAGGCGCUCGCCCGUGGUUGCCACAAAUUACGACGAUUCAGCAGUAAAGGAUGUAAACAAGUCAAUAAUACCGCGGUUAUUUGCUUGGCAACAUACUGUAAAUCGUUGACAGUACUCAAUUUGCACAGUUGUGAUAGUAUCACCGAUGUAUCCAUCCAAAAAAUAAGCGAAACUUGCUUCAGUUUGCAAAAAUUAUGCGUAUCAAAAUGUGUUGAACUAACCGAUCAUACACUUAUAUCGCUCGCCCAACACAAUCCCCUAUUGAACACGCUAGAAGUGGCUGGAUGUCAUCAAUUCACCGAUUUGGGCUUUCAAGCAUUGGGCAAAAAUUGCAAGUAUUUGGAACGAAUGGAUCUGGAAGAGUGCAAUCAAAUCACCGACUUAACUUUGGCACAUUUGGCUACUGGCUGUCCGAGCUUAGAAAAAUUGACCCUAUCACAUUGUGAACUCAUUACGGAUGAUGGAAUACGGCAAUUGGCAGCCGGAAGCUGUGCUGCCGAAAGUUUAUCUGUUCUAGAGCUUGACAAUUGUCCACUGAUCACCGAUCAGACGCUUGAGCAUUUGGUGUCGUGUCAUAAUUUACAAAGAAUCGAAUUAUACGAUUGUCAAAUGAUCACGAGAGCUGCAAUCCGUCGACUUAGGAAUCACCUUCCAAAUAUCAAAGUUCAUGCAUAUUUUGCACCAGUCACACCACCACCAACCACAUCCGGUGCUCGGCCCCGAUAUUGUCGAUGUUGCGAAAUACUCUGAGAAGAAGCAGUUGGUUUAGCCAGAAAAAUACUGUGUCGAAAUCAUGAGAACAACGAUGGCAAUUUGUAAAUGUAUUUCUCAUUCAGUUUAUUUGUUUGCAUUUUUUUUUCUUUCAUUCAGUUUUUUUUCUUCUUUCGUUGUUAUUGUUUUCAUUCUUGUCACAACUAGGACACACAUGGCGGAAUAUAAAAUUUGCAAUUGCAUAUCAAAUACGGUUUGAAUUGCACAUGUCUUGAAUAUCGAUUUCACUAUUGCCAAUAGUAAUUUCAGUGAAACACUUCGGUUUGACUGCUUGUUAUAUUUGAGCAGGAGCUCCGCUUGUGGCAGGAAAUUCGAAUGUUAUUAAACAGAGAAAAAAGUGAUCCAAUAAAUAAAAAUGAUGCAGCGAAUUUUAUGUCAUGUCAUGUGUUUGUUAUAAAUUUGUUCAUUUAAUUGAUUAAUUCCCAAUGGCUUUAUUUUUCGCGACAUUCACAUUCAUAAUUUGAUAUUUUGACUCUUUGUUUCUUGCAUUCAUAUGUUAAGCCAUGUAAAUGGUUUGAAAAUUUUGUUUGAAUUCUUAAGUUCGUCAUAUGUUUACUGAAAUGCCAUUCGAAUAAAAAUGUUUUAUGAUUGUA